AUGCAACAAGUGAUUCACAUAGAUGAGAAAUGGUUCUACAUGAACCCAGAGACAAGGCAGUUCUACCUCUUGCCAAAGGAAGAAAACCCAUACAUGUGUCAGCAGUCUAAAAGGUACAAAAUUAAGGCAAUGUUCAUGGCAAUGAUUGGGAAGCCCCUUUAUGACUUAAUUGGGAACAUGCUACAUGAUGGUAAGUAUGGAAUUUUUCCAUUCACCUACCAGCAAAUGGCCAAGAAGAAAAGCAAGAACAGAGAUGUAGGGACUCUAGAAACAAAGGCUGUACCACAUCAAAUUCCAAGGGAUGAAGAGUUCAAGGCAGCAUGUACAGCACAUGGGUUCAACAUACAAUUGAUUUUCCAACCUGCACAGUCUCAAGAUCUUAAUUCAUUUCCAACUAAAAUUGAGGAGUUAAUAGAGAAGGUGUAUGAGGCCUAUGAAUGGUUUGAUCCAAUACUCAACAAGUAUACAUGGAUCACUUUGCAAAGUGUUAUGAAAAUGAUUCUAGAAAAAGAAGGGGGAAACAAUUUCAAUCCACCUCACAUGGGGAAGAGAAAGUUGGACAGUUUAGGACAACUGCCAGAAUUUCUAGAAGUUGAGAGGGAACUCAUUCAACAAGCAGUUGAACACCUCAACACACUUUUUAUUCCAAUUCAUCAACAACAUGAAGAGUACUUGGAUACAGAGGUUGAUGCAGACUAG